AUGCGGAACCCUUUAGCCAGCCUGCUGCUGCUGUUUCUGUUGCUGUCAGCAGCAGCGGGGUCUGCGGCAGUGUGGCUUCAUAGCCGCAACAGUAGGCUGACAGUGCGGGAGUGCAAGGCAGCGUGCAGCAGGAAGCCAACCGCAGUCUUGCCACAUAAAUCGCCCCACCGUCCCAUCGCAGAUCUUAGGCUUGCUGACAUCCUGUGGGACUGCCCUCAUUCAGCCACGGCAGCAACGACAGAUGUGCAGAGGUCCAUCCCACAAUCUCCGCAGACACCACAUUCCCUCACUCCACCGUGUGUAUCCCCGGGUUUUCCCUCCGGCGCUGUUGGCGCUGCAGAUGCUGUGCCUUCUGUUGCUUCUGCUGGUAGCCAGGCACAGGAGGAAGCAAACGCAGCGCUGGAUUCUGGGGUGGCAGGAGGCAAUUAUUUGUCCUUGCGGCCUUUGCUCUCUAGGCAGCUACUGGUGUGGGGAUCGGAGCAGCAGAAACUUCUGCCAGCCUCACGUGUACUGCUGAUUGGGGCAGGUGGUGCAGCAGUUGAGGCGGCCAAGUGUUUGCUUCAGUCCGGGGUUGGCUGCAUCUUGUUGGCGGACCCCGAGGAGCCGGCUCCGCAAGAACGUGCUGCAAACUUUGCCCUGGCUGAACAUGCAGAGCAGCAGGAAGUAGUAACUUCAGCAGCAGGGGCAGUUGCUGUACCUUCUGCUGUACAAAGUGCUAGUGAAGUUGGGGUUGUGUCAGACCCUUCAUCGUAUCCUCUGGGAUAUCGAGUCGCCUUUUCUGCGCAACAGCUGGAAGCGGAGGAGCAGCAACACCAGUCAGCCGUCCCUAGAAGCCGAGCUGAAAUUGCCUGUGCUGCUUUGCGGCGGGUUGGUGCUCCGUACGCUCGCGUCUCAGAGGUGUCCUUGCAUAUUCAGCCGGGAGAAACUGCGGCUGCUUGGCGGGGGCGUGUGAAGAACUUGCUACAGCAAGUUGAUGUAAUUUUGCUAUGCGAUAGGCCUCUGCAGCAAAAGCUUUUCUUUUCUGCCGUGGCUCGAGAACUGUGGUCCCAGGGUAGGGAGCAACAGGUGCGCGAGCUGCAACAGCAGCAGUGGCAACCGCAAGAGGAGCGGCAGCUACACAGACGCCGCUGUGGCCCCCUUGUUGUGACUGUAUGUACAGCGGGGCUCGCCGGGCGGGUUGCUGUUGACUUUGGUGACUUCACUUUUUCAAGGAUAAGCGAAGAGGCUGCCCUCACAGCGCUCUUGCAGAAACACGCGCAACCCCAGAAUCAGCAAAAACAACAUCGGCAAAGACAGCAGCAGCAGGAGCAAAUCGGGCGUCUGCACUUUGCUCCUCUAUGCACCACCCUGUCCCUUCCGGAGACCAAACAGGCCUUUGACGGGCAGCAAUCCCUGACCGUGCAGGACCCCCCUCAUCCACAGCAGCAGUACCUCAUUGCUGCGUUCGAAGCCCUGGAUGCAGCUGAGACAGACGGACGUGGAGCGAGUGAAGACCGACAGCAAGCUGCUAGAUCCGAGACGGACAGAUAUGCAACGGGAACUGCUGCAGAUGCCCCUGUGGACAACAGCAAAGCUUCAGAUCGUGCACCUCUCGGAAGCCUCAGGAGUUGGAGUGCCAACCGCCUCCCUGCUGCCUCACUAGUUGCAGCCCGUGCUGCUGCUAUUUGGAAACGGCGCUAUGGGCUCGGUGCGGCGAGCGCAGCUGCGGAAGCGGCAGCGGCCGCAGCCAGGGCCUCCCGCAAGUCCGCCGCUGCAGUUACUGCCGCUGCAGAGGUAGCAGCAGCUACUGCAGUUUCGAUUGGGGAAGCAGAGGCUGCGCGAAUUGGGGCGCUUAUGGCUCGCGGGUCGCGGGGACACCUUGCUCCUGUUGCAGCCGCAAUGGGUGCCCUGGCAGCGCAAGAGACCCUUAAGGGACUUACCCGGAAAUAUCGGCCCCUCCAGGGGCCAUUCGUGCUGCAUGCUCUGGACCUGCUAGCGCUCACUGCCCAGGACCAUAGGGAGGGUGAAGCAGCAAGCGGUGUCAUCGGCGGCAAGGAUGGCUGUAUCAGCAACACGCGGAGUUGCAACGGAUACGCGACAGUGCCCGUUGGCGCAUCAGCAAAAGGGCGAACUCUCCCUGCAGCGGCGGUGGAACCAGAAGCAGAAUCGGUAGCAGCAGCAAAAACGGCUACUCGUGGAGCUGCUUGUUUUGUAUGUGAUGUUUCCAGAGGGGCAGCAGCCAGGCGGGUGCCGUGGGAAGGGCAACAGCAGCUCUUAGGCUUGGAACUGCAGCGCCGACUCAAUCACUUGCGAGUCUUGCUCGUGGGGACGGGAGCAAUCGGCUGUGAAGUCUUGAAAAACUUUGCACUAAUGGGUGUUUCUUCAGACUGCCGUAAUUCGAGCAGCAGGAAGGGCAUUACCAGUAGCAGGUACUGCUGCAACAGCAGUUCCAGUCGCGGCCCAUCAAAGAGCAACAAACAGCGGGACAGUGGACUCAUGCGGCUGCUAACAAGGUGCAUUCACAGAAUCCGCAGCAGCAUGUUGAGGCAAGUUGGUUCCGGAGUAACGGGAAUAGCUACUUCAGCAGCUGCAGCAACGAGGGAAGCGUGUGCGGUGGUUUGCCAGCGGGGGCUAUUGUCGUUGAUGGACGGAGACACGGUGGAGACCUCGAACCUUAGCAGGCAGGUCCUCUUUACUGCCUCGUCUCUACAUCAGCCCAAAGCAGCCGCUGCUGCUGCUGCUGUGCUGCGCUUCUGCAGCCGCACACGACUGUGCCCAUUCUCGUUCAUGCUAUCUCCAGAGACCCUUCGUCACCUGCCCGCGAUGUAUAUACAGGAGCAGGACUUGAUUGUGGCUGCUUUGGAUUCUGUGGAUGCUCGUCUUUACGUCGACGCGCUGUGUCUGCUCCACACCAAGCCUUGGGUGGAAGCUGGCACACUUGGCCUUAGAGGUCAUUCUCAAAGCCUUGUACCUUAUAUCACAGAGCACUAUGCCGCAGCAGUGAGAGGAACCGCUUCCAAUGCCUCUCGAGCAGUCCAGUCCCUGAAGGCGGUCCCCGUUUGUUCUAUUAGGGGCACCCCUACUGCCCCUCUCCACGCAGUGCAUUGGGCUUCAGCACAGCUGCAACAAACUUUUAAAACCGACAUCUCAGCUGCCCAUAUGCUGCUCCGGCAGCUGCUUCAAAAGGAGUUACAGUCACCUCAGAGGAUAUUUGCUGAAAGGCAGGAACAUAGGAGCGCGACUGUAUCACCACCAGCACCGCCGCAUGCCGCGCCAGAUGAUGUUCACGGAGCACUUGGCAUAUUAGGCAUGGCGCCUGUUGCUGUGUCUGCUGCUGCAGCUGGACCUAUGCGGCUCCAACUGCUGCUGCGGCUUGCAUUGGAGGUGCUGAGGGUUCGGCGCAGCACGAUUAAGAUGUUCGAAUCGGGGGCAUCGCAAAAACGGAACGAGGAGAGCCAGUACUGGCGGGAAUAUUACGAAAAAUGUGGCGGCAGUAAUGGCGGAGUUGCUCCAAUGUCGACGGUGCACCUGAGGCUUUUAUCGUUUGCAAUGUUCCUUUUCAGUGCCUUGUAUGAGGUGAAAACCGUUAAGAAACAAAUUCGAGGAGAGCCAGAAGCAGAAGCAUCCACCCCUUCAAACAUUCAGAACGCAGUAAACCAUCGCAACCGAAAGGCUUUGAUUUUGGAUCCUACAGAUGCAGAUACAGUGGACUUUGUCGCUGCUACUGGACAGCUGCUUGCUGCUAGCCUUGGCAUGGAGCAACCUGCGAAGGCAGCGCGUGAACUAGACUCUUUAGAUCCCCGAUCAGCUUAUAUCUUCCAGCAGGAACAAGCGGAGGAGUUGUUGCUCCAAGGCAAGGGCUUGGGCCCUUGGAGCCGCCAGUGCGUUGCCGAAGCUGUGCAGAGUUUGCUUUCAGAGGCCGCAGUCAGCGAAGCUGCCAAAAUGACGGUAGUCAGAACCUGCGCAGAUCCUACGCUUAGUGUCUCUGCACUUGCUGAGGAGCUGGUGCGAGAGGUGGCAGCGACAGCAGCGGCGGCAGGUACGGGGGCAGACUUGAACUUUUUGAAAGCACCUAUCGUCCCUUCGCUGUCCGCAGAUGGCGCUGUGCCCCUCCGGUUUUUGACAUCGGCUGCGCGGCUUCGCUGCAGAGCCUUUGGGCUAACCCCUCUACCGGGCCCCGAAGAGACUCAACAGCUAAUAGGCAGCAUAGUUCCCGCAACUGCAACGGCAACGACCCUUGCUGCAGCGCUUGCUUGCAUUGAAGUAUAUAGGCUCGUAGCGCUUAAUCUCGCAGGAAGGCGUUUGGGUCAGUGCAUGGAAAAUCAAGAACAGCAACUCCAGCAGCAACCGAAGCACACCGAGCAGCAAACGGAAAGGGUGUCACCUGUACUCUGGCUAGACAAGGGCGAACGCCGAUAUCGGCGAGCUGCGACGAAACAGCAGCAGCAGUUCCUGCGCAGCAGCUUCUUUUCAUUGUCAGUGCCCUUUCUGGCUGAGGCACCUCCUUUACCUCCCUCAACGCAUCGUUUCCACGACGGUCGCUGGCGUGGACAACAUUUCUCUCCCUGGCACUUUUUCCGACUGCAACUUCAUGGUGGGGGCUUCAAUACAAUCGCCAAUCAGGAUGCAGGACAAGGAGUGGUGCCAGGGGAGGCGGAAGCGGCAGAGAGAAUUACUAUAUCUAAGCUUGUGGAGCUAAUAGAAAAGGACACGCGGGUACGUGUCCUGUCUUUAAGUUGUGAGGGGACUCUCCUCUACACUGCCCCACCAGAGAGAGAUAUGCAGCAGAAGCAGCUAGAGGCCGUGCUGCCGCCUCGUGUUGCGGAAUUGUUUGAUGACCAGCAGUCUCCGAGACUCCCUGACCCCGGGACAAGCCUCACUGAGGCAAUACGGCUUGCCGCAUUAGCCCCAAUCCACAGCAAGACGCAGCAAUGCUGCCAGCCGCAAACAAGUGCAGGACGUGAGAAGCAGCAAGAAAAGGGCCCUACUUGGGCCGUGAUCCUCAUAGCAGCUUCGGACCCGUUGGGGGCUGACGUGCCCCUGCCGGCGCUUAAGGUUUUGCUUUGGCCUAGGGCAUAA